CGUGCGCCAAGAAGAUGUGUUUACCAUGAAACCAACACGGAAUAAUACCACUUAAAUGCACUGUCGUUUCUUUUCGAUAAGUGUCUUAAACCUGCUGUAAAUGUUCAUAUUCCGGAGCUGAACACCGAUGCACAGGAUCCAAGGAGCGCUGAAGACACCGGCUUUCCCUCGUAUCAGCGACUACUUUCCUUUUCAUACUCGCUAUUGUUUUCUUAAUCAUUUGUUUUCCGUAUACACCGUGAAGACUAUAGCUAACUAAAAUGUGGUUAAAAGUGGAACUCGUACUACUCCUUCUCUGGGGGUUCAGCUCGUGUGAGCCCAAGGAGGAUAGGCUACAGCUCGAGGGGACCCUGCGCUCAAGGAUGCAGAAGGCUCCUUCAAGCCAAAGUUUGGAUUUCGGGUUCGUACCUUCCGUGGUCUACGAAACUCACGCCUAUUACGAACCAGGAGCGAUUGGAGUUCUUUUUCACAUGGUGCAUGCUUUCCUCUAUGCGGUUCAGCCGAACCCUUUCCCCAAAGAUCUCAUCGUUAAAACCAUCACAGACAACCCGGGAGGCAUCAAGCUAGAGGAGUACCAGAAGCCUGAGAAUGUUGUUCUAGCAUUGCAGGCCAUCCACUAUGAGCUGGGUUUCAUUGUGCUGGCGGUGAUCGGCGUGCUGUUCGUGCUGCUGAUGCCUCUGGUGGCCCUCUUCUUCUGCGUGUGCCGCUGCUGCGAUAACUGCGGCGGGGAGAUGCACCAGCGGCAGAAGAAGAACGCCGACUGCCAGCGAGGCUUUUACACCACCAUGCUCAUCGCCACCUCCGUCUUCCUGUCUGCUGGUGUACUGGUUGCAUAUGCAGCCAACCAUAACAUCAGCUCCCACAUCAAAAGCACCAGGCGACUGGUCAACUCCAACAUCAGAGACCUCAAGUCCUUUGCCAACUACACACCAGCGCAAAUAGAUUAUCUGACCUCCCAAUACACCACGGCUAAAAACAAAGCCCUCUCUGACCUGGACAAUAUUGGUACAUUGCUUGGUGGCCGAAUUCAAACCCAGCUGGAGAGAGAUGUUGUCCCAGCGCUGGAUAAUGCCUUACGCAUGACUGGAGUCAAAGUGGAGGGUGCUAUCAAAGCCAUGCGGGAGACUAAGGAGGCUCUGGAGAACGUCAGCACCUCUCUGGAGAUGCUCCAGGAUGCCACGGGGAAGCUGCAGGAGAGCCUCCAGAACGAGCGCACCAACCUCGCCAACACCCUCAACGACCCCGCCUGCACCUACGGGGAGGUCUCGCACACCUGCAACACCAUCCGGGGCACGCUCAGCCAGCUGGCCCUCAACGCCAACUUCAACAAGCUGCCUGAUGUGAACCACCAGCUGGCCAAUGUGGACAACGUUCUCAAAACAGACCUCAGCAACAUAGUUCAGAGGGGCUACUCAGCCUUUAACAACACCCCAAGGCUGGUCUCAGACCAAACCAAAAACAUGGUCACAGCGCUGCCUCGUGUGAAGGGAAUGCUGGAUAAAGUUGGAGGUGAAAUCGUUGGCUUCACUAAAAUGUUUCCCUUGGAGCCAGCACUGAUUAACUUCACCAAGUUCUUGACAGACAACCAGAAGAACAUUGAGACCUUCUACCCUCAGAUCGACCAGAUGGACUUUUACAGGUGGAUCGGGUGUGUGGCCAUCUGCUGUAUGGUGGUUCUUAUCCUGGCAUUCAACUUCCUGGGCCUGCUGUGUGGAACCUGUGGCUAUGACAAGAACGCCACCCCAACCACUCGUGGCUGCCUCUCCAACACGGGCGGAAACCUUCUCAUGGCCGGUGUGGGUUUUAGUUUCAUCUUCUCCUGGGUGCUAAUGGCGAUUGUGACGUCCACGUUCGUUGCCGGGGGCAAUAUUGAGAAACUGGUCUGUGAGCCACUGGCCAACAGAGAGCUGUUCAAGAUCAUUGACACGCCAUUCAUAGUACACCCGGAGAAGAAGAACUUCCUCCCCGGCAUGCUGUUUCAGGACCCCAAUAUUGACCUGACCAUCGGCAGCAUGUACAGGGACUGUUAUGACAAUAGUGGCCUGUAUUCAGCACUGCAUUUAGAGAAAAAGUUCAACUUCAACAAUUUCAUCAAUGCCACAGUGUACAACCCUGAGCUGGCUAAAGUUUUUAGCAGCGUAAAUGUGGACCUGGAGGGCAUCAUACUGUUGAGACAAGAAGGGAGAGAUAAUCUCCUCAACUUUGCCAACACCGGCGUUGGAGAGAUCGACUUUGAGGCCUAUCUGGCUGAGGUGAACAAAGGCGUGACUGUAGUGGAUUUGUUAUCCUUUGCAAACGACCUGGAAGCCCAGACCGACCAACUGCCCCGAGGCGCGCUGGCCAAUGCAUUGAAGGGCCAUGCCAGCAACAUUCGCCAGAUUCACAAAGAGCAGGUGGUGCCAAUGGAGCAAGCCAUGAAAUAUGUGCGAGCACGGAGUACUCUGAGCUCCAGUAUUCGUCUGCUGGACAGGACGGCCAAGGAGCUGCCGAACAAAGUCACCAAUGUGCUCACUGCCAUUGAUGCUGCGGAAUAUCUCAUCUCCAAUAACGGUUCAUACGCCGUCAAGCAGGAAACAGAUAAGUUCGUGGAGACGGUGGUGGGAUACUUCAAACAGUACACGAACUGGGUCAAACUCUCGCUCGAUGCCGAGGUGGCCCAGUGCAAGCCCAUCGCUAACCUGGUGGACUCCAUGGAGAUUGUGGGCUGCAGCUUCAUAGUGGAUUCAGUGAACACGUUCUGGUUUGGACUUGGUGGAUGCUGUUUGUUCCUACUCCCAAGCAUUAUUUUAUCGAUAAAACUCGCCAAAUUCUACAGGAGAAUGGAGACAGAAGAUGUCUAUGAUGACAUGCCAUCCUAUGACACCAUGUGUCGAUAUCCCCGAGCCUCGGCACCGCCACAGCAGCCUGACUGGUGA